AAUGUUUAAUUCAUACUAGUAUGAGAAAUAACUUACAUUCACAAAAGAUAUAGACAAGAUAAAGAAAGGGUAUCUUAGAGAACGAGAAGUACGUAAAGGUAUAAAUCAAAUUAACAACUAAAGAAUUAAACAAUAGAUUGGCUUAGAAUUAUAAAAAAAGAGUUGAAAAUUUUGUUAUUAAUAUGCUUGAGAAUCCAAUAGUUUGUGUUGACUAUCAUUAACCUAAUCAAUCAGCAUUUAGAGAUGAAGAUCCCUCAAAGAAUUUAGGAGACCCACAAUUCUAUGUCAAGGGUUUCAAACAUGAAAAAGAUCGAAUAUAAGAAGCACUUGAUAAGAAUAAGGAUCUUGACUUCUUACCUAAUCGAUAAGUUGCUCAUUAUUGUUUCAGAGAAAGAGAUCCUUCUAAAGAUAUCAAACGUGAUAUUUUUCGAUAUAGAGAUAAAACAAGUUUGGAAAGAAUUGAACAGUUUCUCAAAGAUCAUACUCAAACACAAGUAGAAAAUCAGAAAUUCCCAAAAAAGAAAUUGAUUAAUGUUGAAACUCUUUCUGAUAAUAUGACAUCUUAAGAUCGCAAAGCUUAUAUCAGUAGAUUAGUGGCCAAAAACCUUUUGCCUUCUCUACAUUAAAAAACACAUUUCUAAGCUGCAUCAACAAUGUAUAAUAAUUUACCAUGUAUAUAUAUUAUUUAUCUCUAACUUUUUAGUAUCACUUAUGGACCAUACAAGAUCAUUGCCUUAAAUGAAGCAAUUAGAUACUGAAGAAAAGAGUAAUCAAAUCAAAUUAUUUAGAAUCUUAAUAACAAUAAAGGGAGGUUUAAAAGACAGAAGAGAAUGAAACAAAAGAUAAUAAAGCUAAAUAAAAUAAUGAAAUGGAAACUUUUAAUCCUAUUGAAACUUCUAAAGUUAUUUUGGAGAGGUGUUAAGUUAUAAGGAAUAAAAAUCCUAAAACUCAUGUUAUUCAUAAAGGGGAAGGACAUCUAAUAUCAACUCUUGAUAAAUCUAUACAAGAAGUUUAUAAAGAAAUUUAUGGAAUAGAUUUUAGUGAACCUAAGUUUUUUCAAAAGUGACUC